AUGAUAGAUGCUGUUAUAAAGGCUACAAAAUUGACUCAUACUAAUCCUCUGGGUAUAAAUGGGGCCCUUCUGCAAUGUAUGGCAAUACAACAAUGUUUUAUGGUGAAACAUGGUGAGAAGAUUGAUGUCCAUAGAUUUGUAGAUGAGCUCUUGCACAAAAUGAAACCAUUUGAAUAUGAAGAGGAUGAAGAUUUGGAAGAGAUUCUUGAAAAACCAUAUAGAGAGAAGUUCUUGACAAUACAGAACCUACUUCAGAGAACAUAUGAUGAGGAUGAUGUACUCUAUGAUGAAAUUCUUGAAAUGUUGGGAAAUUCAAUAUCAGCCCUAGAAUCUGUUCCUACAGCAAUUUACUGUUUUUUAAAAGCAUGUUCAGAAACCCCUGAAUUGAAGGAUAUAUUCAGAAAUGCAGUAGAAUAUGCCAUAUCCCUAGGAGGUGACACUGAUACUAUAGCUAGUAUGACAGGAGCUAUAGCUGGUGCAUAUGUUGGUGAAGAACAUUUAAACAAACACUUGAUAAAACACUGUGAGAAACAUGAAGAGACUAUUGAAAUGGCAGAUAAUCUAUUGGCUGCAAGACAUGAACAAACUUCAGAAAUGAAAAACUCAUAA